AUGGUAACUGGUGGAGAAUGCGUUGCCGGAGGUGUAGGUUUUAAUCUCGGAUUAUGGGAUGAAGGCGGUCGUGGAGGUGGAGGUGAUGGUGGUGGUCUUGCGCCAUCACCUUGUCUUUCUUGGAUCGUAAUAUCGGGUAGGUCAGGAGGAGGUGGAAUUGUAGGCGGAGGAAUAUGUGGUGGGGGACGUGGACCUGGUGGUGAGCGAGCAGAGUGCGCUGAUGGAGUUGGUAGCAGUGGAGGUGGGCAUGGGCAAACUGGGGCUGGCAAUGCAAGUCGAAGUGGUGGCGUAGCCGAGAGAAGUGUAGCGCACAUCUUCAUUUGGUGUCCCUUCUUCACCACAGCUGUGCAGUUUCUCAAUGUUCCUGACGAAAGGAAGUACUUA